AUGGGAAUCUCGUUGUAUUUUAGAAUAUUCUCUAUUCUGUUGGUUGUCCUGUUGGUGGAAAUCGAAGAAGGAGAACUGAAAGGAAAAGCGCCUGUUUAUUAUCAGCCGGAGCAGGUCCACCUUGCCUAUGGAAAAGAUGCAACCGAAAUGGUGGUGACCUGGUCGACAAUGAGCGCAGUCGAGAGAUCUACCGUUAUCUUCGGCAAAACCGAACCGACGAACAAGGUUUUUGGAAACAGUAAGCUGUUUGUCGACGGUGGUAAGAAGCGGAGGACCCAGUACAUCCACAGGGUCACACUAACUGGUUUGGAACCUGCUACUAAAUAUGUCUACAUAUGUGGUAGCAUUGAUGGCUGGUCAGAUCAAUUCUGGUUCCGCUCAGCAAAUGAUUCAAUACAUUGGAGCCCAGUCAUCGCAGUCUACGGAGAUAUGGGAAAUGAGAACGCUCGUUCGCUACCGUUCCUACAGCUAGAAGCACAAAACGGCUCUAUCGACGCUGUCAUCCACAUAGGAGACCUAGCCUACGAUAUGGAUACGGAUAAUGGGAAGUUCGGAGACGAGUUCAUGAGACAGAUAGAGCCAAUCGCUGCCCACGUUCCAUACAUGGUCUGUCCCGGAAACCACGAGCAGGCGUACAAUUUCAGUCACUUCCGAGAGAGGUUCACUAUGCCAGGCGGUUACGAAAACCUUUUCUACAGCUUCAAUCUUGGUCCCGCUCACUUCGUCAGCUUCAACACGGAAGCUUAUUACUUUGUCAACUAUGGUCUCAAAAUCCUCGUUAACCAAUAUAAUUGGAUCACUAAAGACUUGCUUGAAGCCAACUCAGCAAAGAACCGAGAAGAAAGACCUUGGAUAGUGACCUACGGACACAGGCCCAUGUACUGUUCAAACUUCUACACUGACGAUUGCCAAUUCAACACGACUCGGGUACGAGUGGGAAUACCCGGUUUCGAAUGGUUUGGGUUGGAAAAAGUAUUCUACGAUGCCGGGGUCGACUUGGAACUGUGGGGACACGAGCACUCCUACGAAAGGCUCUUCCCGAUGUACAACUAUGUCGUCAAGAACGGGUCCUCAAGCCAUCCCUAUGUGAAUCCUACAGCUCCAGUCCACAUAACUACUGGAUCCGCUGGAUGUGUCGAACAACUGUCUAACUUUACGAAAAUAACCCAUCCUUGGUCAGCAUUCAGAAACUUGGAUUACGGGUAUGGGAAGCUACAUUUUGUUAACCGUUCCCAUCUUCACGUACAACAGCUUUCUGCAGAACAGGAAGGCAAAGUCAUCGAUGACAUCUGGAUCAUCAAGGACAGUCACAAACCUUAUCAUUGA